AUGACGCUGGCUAUAUUCACUCUUUUAUACACUCCAAGUUAUCUUCCUGGAGCACUUGUACUAGGUUCAACUUUGAAAAGGUUAUUAGCACAACAGCAACUGCCUAAUGGAAUUGAAACAGGCAUAUUAAUAGAUAAACUGAAAUUUACUUCUCAUCAACUCAACUUAUUGGGACAAUUUUAUGACACAUUUGUCGAUGUUAAUCCUUUACAAUCAACCAUUACUGAUAAAUUAAAUAAUGAUUUAGGUAGACCCGAAUUAGAUAAAACAUUUACAAAAAUUAACCUUUGGUCUUUAAUCCAUUAUGAUAAAAUAUUAUAUUUAGAUUCCGAUACUUUACCAUUAUUACCAUCAGAUCCUGAUCAAGGUUCAGUUGUAGAUUUAUUACUGUUAGAUUUUCCCAAAUUUAAAAUCUUAGCUGCUCCUGAUAGUGGAUUCCCCGAUAUUUUUAAUUCAGGAGUAUUUGUUUUAAAACCCAAUUUAAAUGAUUAUACUAUUUUAGAUAGUUUGGUCCGAGAAUCAGUUACAAAUCCUCAUGUUUCAUUUGAUGGUGCUGAUCAAGGUUUACUUAAUCAAUAUUUCAAUACCCAACCGGAUUGGGUUAGAUCAUUAUUAUCACAAGGUAAACUGGAUGUAUCAGAAGCUACAACAACAUCUGGAUCCAAUUGGGUUAAAAUCCCAUUCUUAUACAAUGUAACACCUUCUGCUCAAUAUGAAUAUUUACCAGCCUAUAAGCAUUUUACUACAUUUAAUCCAGAAUUUCCUCCUUCAAAUCCAGUGGAUAUUCCAAUUUCUAGUGAAGGUGGUGAACAAGAAGAUUCAGAUAAGCCAAUACUUGAAUCAACUUUUGAUACUUUGAAUAGAUACCAUUCAACUGCACUUACUUUCAUUCAAAGUGGACCCUCUCAAGUUAAAUUGAUUCAUUUUAUUGGUCCUUACAAACCCUGGAAACUGAGUUCUACAGCCACCGGUAUUCAUAGAGAUUGGUGGAAAGUAUGGAUCGAAACAUUUGGAGAAAAAUCUGUUGAUGAAAUCAUUAAUCUUGAUACAACUCCAUAUACUUUUGAAGCAAUCCAAGAAACUCAUGAGGAUAACAUUAAAGUGUAUGUAGCUCCUCCUGAAACAUACGAAGAGCCUACUUCAGAAGAGCCGGAAACAGUAUUCACUCCAGCAACUUUAUUAGAUCCUUCCAAUUAUCAAAGAUAUGAGGAUACUAUUGUUCCAAGUGUUGAUUCGUUGUGGGACCCAGCCAAAGAACCACCUCCUGUACAUGAUGAUGGUUCAUCUACUUAUCAUGCUCCAUAUGUUAUGGAACAAAGUAUGAGGUCAUUUACUAAUCAGUGGGAUGAACAGGAACAUUCAGAGCCUCCUCACUAUGAAGAACCUGCACCACCUCCACCACCUCAAUACCACGAGGAACCUGCACCUCUUCCUACACCACCACCACAAGUUGAACCAGUACAUGUAGAAGUACCCAAAUUUGCAUACUCGCAUUAUGCUGAACCAGAAAGAGUAUUUGAUUCCAGUUCUGAUUACUUCCCACAACAUCGUUUGCAACCUCUUGAGAAGAUUGAUAUCAUCAAGGAAGAACAGGAAUCGCAAAGUAUCAAUGGUAUUGGAGAAAAUGUGACUGAAUUCAUUGAUUUCAAUGAAAGAUUAACUAAAUUAGGUAUUAUUGAGGAGAGAGAUGGAUUUGAAGAUAUUUAUGAAGAGAAUGUGGAAAAUAUCGACGCAGAAGAAGAAGUCACCACUCACGAUACCGAAGAUGACAGAUCGGAUAUUCCAAAGUUGUUCCCAUGGGAAUUCAGACAGUCUCAUCAACAUGUUGAAAGAGUCUUUGAGUAG